AUGUACCUCAAAUUGCUCCUCUGGGUGAAGCAAGGCUCCAAAAAACUGCUCAGCAGCGGCUUUAUCUCGUGGCCCAGGCACCCCGUUUACGGCCAGCGUGAAGUGUACGGCACCGUUGUCCCUUUCUUGCACUACGACAGCUACCGUCUUGCCACUCUCCCCCUUCUUCGUGCACUCGCAGAUUGGGUAGCCAUUGAAUAUUGUACCAUUUCUCCGAGGGUCCAGCUAGAGGAAACCCCAAGCAAAAAAGAUAAGUAUACUGCCAGUGUGAGCCGCCGGGCGUCGAACCACAAGCAGGCUCGACUCACUGAAGAGCUGCAGAUCAUCGAAUUCGUUCCACCGCCUAUAACCUCCUUCCCCAAGGGAAUCUAUCACACAAAGUUCAAGGAUGAGAAGCUCACUAUCCUUGAUGACAUUGCUUCAGCUAUUGCUACUGGAGAAUGCAACGAGAAAAUAGGGGUUGCAAUGGAAGAAAGGGGCGCCAGUUCCGUCCACUUCAUUUUGGCUGUUAAUGGGCUGCCUUCCUCGCGCGAGGAGGCCGCCGCUGAGCGAUUUAUCGAAGCUCUGUUGUAUCCUGGAGACCACUUUGUGCCGCACAUGCUGGAGGCAAUGAGGAGUUAUGCCAUGCCUCGCAUCGCGAGGCUGUCGGGACAAGUAGCCGAGUCUAUCGAGCAAGCCUCCAGGACGACCUCAUACAAGACAUCGCCGACGACGCCUGGGGUCCUCAUGUACAAGAGAAACCGUUUCCUAGAGCUUGAAAACGCAUCAGUGCCGGAGGCUCUCACCAUUCUUCUCGAGCGUCUUCGGGAGCGUACCUCAGAGGUGCACCAGUCUGCGGACAACCCAUCAUUCCCCACACAUGAUGCAAUGUUCGUCAACGGGCUUUUGGUCUUAGCACACCAUCUCUCCGAGGCUCCCAUAUUCAAUCGCCUCAUCCGCCGCAGCACUCGAGCAGUCAUUGUGCUUUUUGUGGGGGGGUUGAGGUAUAAACUCGCAAUGCUUGGGAGGUAUCAUGCCUGCCUCGAGCGGUUGCGUACCCUUGCGAAACGCACAGAAAUGAAGAUAACAUAUGAAUGGUGCACCGAUGAUGUUGCGGGAAUAGUCAAUGAUCGUCCUGUGGUCAUGCGUCGAUCUGCUCUGGAAGUUAUCAAGGCCGCCGAAGACAGGGCCACUCGUAUCGCAAUAUCAGUAUCAGAUUCGACCUUUGGCAAGAUAUGCAGCCAGUACAAGCCUACCCUGACGGUCUCCACUCACCCCACUAUCCGCCUGAUUCUUAAAUUGGGCUCUACCGCACAAACCAGGCUUGUAGGGUGCAGUGGCGGGGUCUGCUAUGCUUGCUCAGAGUGGAUCUCGCGGUACAAUGACACACACCCAGGCGCCAUGUGGACACUAGGUCCUUCUCUGCAAGAAGUGGAUUCAACGUGGGCUCUGACACAUCGGUUUCCGUUCGAGGAGGAUGUCUACCAGUCGAUAAAGGAGGCGAAGGAAAUAAGUCUCAUCGAUUGGCUCGACCCAAGUGAGCAUGAUCAGACACCUCAGCGAAUGGGGACUGACUCGCCAGCUGUACUUGCCAACGGUAGGGGUGCUCCCGAAGCGCAUCGAAGCAAAUAUACUGAUAAAAUGCCAGGGAAAGAGCAAUUACAAGAACGCCUCACCGAAGAAUUACAAAUCCUUCAUAUUAUACCACGACUUACAGAAUCACAUCCCCCAGCAGUCGACACACCCCAGUAUCGAGAUCAGAAACUUCAACUCCUUGAUGACAUAGCUAUGGCAGUUUCGACGGGAGAGCCUGAGAAGACAGUGGCGGUCACAAUGGAAGAGCGGGGUAAUGGUUCCGCACACUUCCUGCUGGCCGUUAACGGUCAACCUGCUCCCAGCGAUGAAGCGGCUGUAGAGCGUUUUUUUGAAGCUCUGUGCGGUCCCGAAGAGCGGUUUGAGGAGCGUAUGAUGAAUGCCAUGAGGAGCUAUGCGAUUCCGCGAAUCGCGAGGUUGGCCAAACAAGUGGCCGAUGCGACCGGGGAAUUCGUUCAAAGUGACUUCAUGGAGCUCCUCGAGGGGUACAGAUGGAGUAGCCACGAGGUCGAGUUGCCAGGAUUCAGACACAUGAAGAAACUACAUCCCGAGCUUCAAGUUGAAGGGGUCUCUGUACCCGACUGUCUCAUCACGAUGUUCAAAUACCUCCGUGAAGCGACUGGGAACUGCUGGAGGUCAGUGAACAACGCGGCUAGUUCUACCCCUGCAUACGACGUGGGGCGGAUGAAUUGGAUGAUAGUCGUCGCAUACCACCUCGCCCAUGCUCCGAUUCUCAACCUCCUGCUCAAUCACCGAGAUUGUCGAAGACUCGUAUUCUUUCUAGGGUCUUUCAGAUACAGACUCGCAACGCUAGGAAGAUAUUAUGGCUGCCUGAACCGCUUGCAGGCGCUUGUGACGCUCUCAAAGAGGAAUAUAUCAUACGAAUGGUGCCGCAAGGAUGCUGCAGGGGUUACCAAUAAUCGCCUUGUUGCUAUUCGCCGAUCCCACUUGGAAGUCAUCACAGCUGAUAUUCCGGAUUGGAGAUUGAAUAGCAACUUCAAGACAGUGUACCCGGAGCUGAUUUUCGGGGGUGUACCUAGGAGAUACAAGCAGACAAUCACGGUCUCGACUCAUCCCGCGAUCCGUCUCAUUCUUUCGGCCCCGCAGGCUCAGCUGCAGCUCGUAGGCUGCAGUGAGGGGGUCUGUCUCACAACCGAGGCGUGGAUUAGAGAAUAUAAUAAGGCGGAGAACACGAGCUGGAAAUUUGGUCCAUCCCUGAGAGACGCAGACCCGACGUUUGCUCUCACCCACCGAUAUGCGUUCGAGGGGAAGGUCUAUGAGAUGACAUACCUCGUGAAGGGUGGCCAAAUAGAGCAGUCGCGCAGGGUGUUCGCGAAGAAUAACGCCUAUCCAAAGAGCGCCCGAGCGCCCGAACCGUCCGCGCGCGCUCGACGGGGCUGCCAGGCACGACCUUGGGAACCUGUCUGGCGAGCCUUUCUGACAGCAAGACUGCCGGAUCAAAACCCAGCUCGAAAGGUGUUUCAAGGUGUGACAGCAGCGGUGGAUCUGGAGCCGUCAUCAUGA